UCGAUUCCCCGCCAACCUCCUCACGCCGAUCUUUCCCCUGUAAUCUGGAUGCUCCGUAUCCAGUAUUCCAAUUUCUCUAGACGGCGGGUCACACACCAUCAGCUCCAUUGGUCCACCCCCCCUGUCCACACACCCAGCAUGGCAGCACCUCCGAAUCACCUCCACGUCCAGAUUACAUCUCCAGCCUCGUCUCCUUGCAGUCUCUGGCUUGCUUCGAAAUUUGUUUGCGCCUGGUGAUUCCAGGCUCAGAGGAGUUGGACAUCCAUCUACGGCCAGCUGACCACAGGUGUCGCUGACCACAGGUUAGGUUGCUGAUUCUUCUGCUCCUUUGGGAAUUUUGCUGCGUGAGAAUGUUCUGCAAGUGAUUCUUCUUGCUUACAAUGAUAUGAAAUACAAAUCCACAGGUCCGAUUGUAGCUUGCUGAUUUUUCUACUUUUCUUGCACGCAAGGUGUUUGUGUUUUUGUCCAAACAGUACACUAUGAAAGGCAAUGCAACAUAUGUUCAUUCUGUUCAUGUCUCAUGGCUAUUUGUAGAUUUGUAUAUGCUUUAAUUAUUUUUCUUGGGUUUGGGAACCUAAAAAAAUGGUCUAAUGCUUAUACUGUAGGUUGUGGUUGAAAGCACUUGGCUUACAAAAUCAAUUAAAAUCGACAAGAUGGAAGGCCGGGUUCCAUUCAGAGAUAUUACAAAUGUUUUCACCCGACAACUUCACCAAAAGGGAACUACUCUGUCGUUGGAGAGCAGAAUGAUCCUUUAGUUGAAACCAAAAAUGCUACGCAAAUGAAUUCUUCCCAGCGUAAGCGUUACCGUGACCGGGAUAGAUAUCUGCAAAUGACUCCAUAUCAGAGGGAAGCCUAUUUGCAAAGGAAUCUUGAGUACAAAAGAAUGAGGCGUGAGUGCAGUGCAAGUUGUAGCAAUACAGAACCAGCACCCCAGCAGAAAAAUACAAUAUCUAAUAAGAACAUAUGCAUGACAGUUUUGCAGUUACAGGCCCAUUUGCCAAAUAUGCAUCUUGUGCAUUAUGAAGAUUCUGAUAAUUUGGAUAGCGUGUUACGCAGAGAAUCAUCUUCAAAAACAAUGCUUAGUGAAUAUUUUAGAAUGAAAUCUGUUGAUAUUUUUGCGAGGAAUUUCUUGUACAAGGAGCUUCCAGAAUAUUUUGUGUGGGAUAGCAGUUGCAAGAAUUGGAGACGUCGCAAGCAGAAACGAAUUCGGAUUGGUAGACUUGUGUCUGCGCACCCUGCUGAAGGAGAGCGUUAUUAUUUGAGGAUACUACUAAAUCACGUGAGGGGAUCCAAAUCAUUUGAGGAUCUACGAACUGUUGAUGGUAUUAUUUUCUUGACAUUUAGAGAGGCUGCACAGAGAAGGGGUCUCAUUGAGGAUGAUCGUAGUAUUUCUAAUUGUCUCAGCGAGGCUACGGCAUUUCAAAUGCCAUCUGCACUUAGAAGACUUUUUGCAACAAUUUUAGUUUUCUGCGAGGUAACAAAUGUCCGUGAACUGUGGGACAAGCAUUUUGAAGCCAUGGGUGAUGAUUUUCGAAGAGAAAAUGUAAAUGCUGAAGUAAUUGAUCAGAUGGUGCUUAAAGAUCUUAGAAGUUUGUUAUAUUCAAUGGGAAAGGACAUAAAGAACUUUGACUUGCCCUGCUUAUUGGAUGAUAAUGAUUUGGAGAGCUUAGAUUGGGGAGAAUUAUAUGAUGAGAUGUGUAUUGAGGUUGAGCAGGAACACUUGGAUUUGUAUAACAAGCUAAACAAUGAGCACCGACUUGCUUUUGAUGAGAUAAUGACUCAUGUCUUGCACCAGAAGAGUAUGGUUUUUUUCAUAGAUGGUCCGGGAGGUACAGGAAAAACAUACCUUUAUAAGGCUUUGCUCGCUAAAGUGCGGUCGAUGGGGCGAAUAGCUAUCACAACAGCAACGUCAGGCAUUGCUGCGUCUAUCAUGCCUGGCGGUAGAACAUCACAUUCCAGGUUCAAAAUUCCCAUUAAUAUUCAGGAUGACAGCAUGUGCAACUUCAGUAAACAGAGUGGAACUGCAGAAUUACUCAAGAGGUCAUCUUUAAUAAUUUGGGACGAAGUUGCUAUGACAAAGCGUCAAGCUGUGGAGGCACUUGAUAGAUCCCUGCAAGAUAUCACCGGUUGUGGAUCACCCUUUGGAGGAAAAGUAGUAGUGUUUGGAGGUGAUUUUAGACAGGUUCUUCCAGUGGUGAGGCAUGGCAGUAGAGCACAAAUUACAGAUGCUACACUAAAGAAGUCUUAUCUUUGGCAAGACAUAAAACAUAUCAAACUUUGGCGCAAUAUGCGGGCUUUGUUUGAUCCAUGGUUCUCUGAUUUUCUCCUUAGAAUUGGUAAUGGUACAGAGGAAUCAAUUGGUCAAUAAUAUGUGCGCCUGCCUGAAGAAAUUGUUAUAGGUUACACGGAUUUGAAGGCCUCUGUUAGUAAGUUAAUUGAUGACAUAUUUCCUCUAAUGGACAAGAAUGGAAACUCACCGUCCUAUAUUAGUGCACAUGCAAUUCUUUCCACAAAGAAUGAAUAUGUUGAUGAGUUAAAUGAUAUGCUUAUUGACCGAUUUCCUGGAGAAGAAAAGGUCUAUUACAGUUUUGACUCAGUGGUUGAUGAUCCACAUAAUCACUAUCAACCUGAGUUCCUAAAUUCACUCACACCUAAUGGCCUUCCUCCUCAUAUUCUCAGAUUGAAGAUCAACUGCCCUGUUAUUUUGAUUCGCAACCUUGAUCCUUCUAAUGGUUUAUGCAAUGGUACAAGGCUUAUCAUUAAGGCAUUUCAAGAGAACGCUAUUGAUGCAGAAAUUAUUGGCGGACAAUAUGCUGGGAAGCGAGUGUUCCUUCCACGAAUUCCUCUCUAUCCUUUAGAGGAUGAUGUUCUCCCCUUCAAGUUUAAAAGAAAGCAAUUUCCAAUUCGGCUUAGUUUUGCCAUGACAAUCAACAAAGCCCAGGGUUAAACCAUCCCAAAUGUUGGCAUCUAUCUUCCUGAGCCGGUGUUCUCUCAUGGCCAACUCUAUGUGGCUCUGUCUAGAGGGAUAUCAACACAAACAACUAGAGUACUUGCAAAGCCAAAUAAGGAUAUUGACCCAUCAGGGAAAAGCACAAAAAACAUUGUCUACAGGGAUGUUUUAGUAUAAUUCAUGUACAUGUUGUGUAUUGCCGUGUGAUGUUUCUAAUAUGGUUGUAUUCCUGUAAAUAGUACUACCCAGGAAAUAUAUUGUAUAUAGGGUUUCAGUCA